UAUAAGAAGCUAAUUAAUAAGAAGUAGGAAUUUAUCUUUCUCCUUGCUGCAAAAUGGCAAGCACAGGAAGCAACUCCACGACUACUAGUUUCAUCGUCACCAACUCUGCGGCUUUAAAGGCAACGUUAGAUUGGAAUAAGCAUUCUUCGAUGCCAAUCCUCCGCGACUUCUUGAGGCAGCAAUCGGGGAGUCUCACCGAAGUAGACGUGCAGGGCAACACAAUCGUUCACUUUCUGGCCAGGAGUGGCAGAGCAUCUGCCUUGAGAGAACUGCUAGAGGAUGGCCUCUUGACAAGCCAUCAGCAGCUCAUGCAAGUGAAUCUCAGAGGCGACACGGCCCUGCACGAAGCUGCGAGGUUUGGGCAGCGUAAUGCUGCGGAAAUCAUGUUGACAAAGAACCCCAAUCUGGCUUCUUCGCGCAAUGAUUUGGGCGAGACGCCUCUCUAUGUCGCUGCUGCAUGUGGAAAGAGGGAGGUUUUCAAUCUUCUCAAGGUGCAUGUCGGAGAUUUGAUCAGAAGAAACGAUGGCGGGACGAUCUUGCGCAGCUGUUCUUGGAGAGCAUUACAAUCUUGCUUUGGAGAUAUUGGAAUUAUAUCCUCACCUUGCUAGAGCACAUGAUGAAACGGGAGCAACUGCACUGAAUUUGUUGGCCAACAAACCCGGAUCCUUCAGAAGCGGCUCAUUGUAUUCGCUUGAAAACCUUGGAAGCAGGCCCUUCGUUCCUCUGCAGUUAAUUCGUUGCCUAGCUAUCUUUUAAGUGUAACACCCCGUCUUCUCAUACCUAAUGUCAGAUUUCGACAAUAUUUUUUUUCCAAACAACAAAAACUGAACACAAAAUUAU